AUGCAGGGUCCUGAGGCUUCGAGCCCCGAUGCGCUCGCAGGCCUACCAUCAACCCUGAGAACGAUGAUAGGCAAUCCGACGACGUCACCGAUUAGCUUUGUCUCCUCAACAUCACCACCAGUACAAAACGAUCCAUCACUUUCACAGCACCAACUCCAAGCGAAUCUACAAAAUGUGCUCUCCUCUUUGUCGAUGGAGUUCCGUCAGGAGCCUGUGCUGACCAGUGGCAACUCGACCGGGUCAACCGGGAAAGGCAUCUUGAUUGGGAUCUUGUCCGCGUUUGGCUCGGCUGCUGUCGCAUUUGUCGUUCUAGCGAUCUUUUUCUUCUUCAAAUAUACCCGUCCGGGCCGGAUUAUGCUCGAUCGCAUCGGCAGGCCCGGUGAAUACGACGACGAGCAAGCCUUUGCGCGUGAGGAAGAAGCGGCUCUAGGGUCAAUGGAUGACUUAGCGCGAUCGGAAUACUUGAGAGCGAAAGCUUUUGUUCAAGGAAACCCCCCCGAAUCUGUGCAAACCGACAUAUCCCUAUCGCAGUUCCUCGCGAUCCAAGAAAAAGGCGUAUCUGCGUGGGAAUUCCAGCCAGAGCUGGAAAUUGCAAAUUGCUUUGUGGAAGGACGAACAGAGAUUGAGUUCUUUGACUCGGAGUGCAGUGUACAGACCAACCUACCAAUCCCCAAGCAAAAUGAUGUCUACUACUGGGAGGCGAAGAUAUACGAUAAGCCUGACUCGACUAUGAUUGGCAUCGGUGUGACUACGAAACCAUACCCCCUGUUCCGAAUGCCUGGCUUUCAUAAAUCCUCUGUUGCCUACCAAUCCACGGGACAUCGCAGACUCAACCAACCAUUUAAUCCCACCCCAUACGGGCCUCCACUACUUCAGGGCGAUGUUGUUGGUGUAGGCUACCGACCUCGAUCUGGCACCGUCUUCUUCACACGCAACGGCAAGAAAUUAGAAGACGUGGCUCACAACUAUCGCUCACAAAACCUCUUCCCCACCAUCGGUGCUAACGGACCUUGCACUAUCCACGUGAACUUUGGCCAAAUGGGAUUCGUAUUCAUCGAGGGCAAUGUCAAGAAAUGGGGCUUGGCCCCUAUGACUGGCAGCCUCGCCCCACCCCCGCCCUAUGGCAGCGAACAAGGCAGCAUUCUACUUGAGUCCGGCCGCGAGAGUGCGGCUCAAAUCUCCCAGCGUGUUUACCAAAAUUCAAACUACGCAGCCUCAGGCUCAAGUGUCAGGAUUCCUCCGGCGCCCAGCCCAGGUCCUUCUCGAUCACCAACUGACAUUUCCCUUGCUCAGCUGACCCACAUUCCUUCUCAUGAAGAUGCUGGCGAAGGGUCCAGUCGUUUUGCUUUGGCCGAUGCGGAUGAAGCAGCUCCUGAUAAUCAAGAGGCCCCUCCCCCAGAGUAUUCUAGUCCCGACGGCAGUCGUAGGGGCAGUGAUGCCUCUCUUGAAUUCCCAAGAGCUUCUGACCACAACUCUCCAUCAAAUGACUCGAUCAAUUCUCAAUAUCUACCAAGCUACCAAACAGUGGUAGAAAGAGAUCUAAAUGAACACAACUCAGGACACUCCUGA